AGCGCGCUCUUCAUCUGGGGCUUGAGAACCCAGAGGAAGUGUGCGCGGCGCAUAAGCGCGAGCCGAGUUUAAAAGUGAUUUAACGGCAGAUUACUUUAUUUCUUAAAUCGGGUGUGUGAGAAAACGCUUCGCCGUGUACGGCUGUAACGAGAAAAAGCAAUGAGUCGUUAAAUAUUCUGCGGUUUUGUCAAUGUAGGGUCGAUUUUUUUUCGGGAUAAGACAUGAAAGACCAAGGUGAGAAACGUUAGCUAAGUUGGUUAGCAGGUCCGCUAACAUUUGACGAUAUAUUUUUUAAAAGGUUUUUUUGGAUUGGCAUUAAAGCUGAAAAAACCCAAACAGACAAGAACUUCAACUGGAAUUAAAGCUGUUUUUGCUGCUAGGACUGUAUAUAUUUUAAUACACAUUUUGGGGAUAUAUUUGAUCAUUCAUGUACCGCUUCAAAAAAGUAGGUUACCAAACAAGGUGCUAGAUGGUGAGUGGGAAGGCUGUGCGUAAUGCUGAAACGACUCACCCGGAGUCAGAAUGAGUGUCACAGAUGGCGAGGGCACAGCUAGCCAAGAUGGCCGGGCCUACGUUAUUCAAAUCUACCCCCGCCUCUCCUUGGAGACAGCACCAUGCUGCAUGGUCAGAGUGCGCAAAGAGGCCACGGCGGCAACAGUCAUCCAGGACGCAGCUGCCACCCUGGGCCUGGAUGUCUCCAAGUGCUACGUAUUGGCUGAGGUGAAGGAGAGCGGAGGUGAGGAGUGGGUCCUGGAGGCCACGGAUCUGCCGGUGCACAGGGUCUUGCUGUGGCCCAGGAAAGCUCAGGAGGAGCACGCGCAGAGUGAGGGAUUCUACUUCAUCCUGCAGGAACGCAAUCGUGAUGGCAGCAUCUGCUAUGCUCACCUUCCUACUGUCGGUAGAGAUCAGGAUGCUCAGCACCUGGUCGCUCGGGGCUUCCUGCCUCCCUGCCUCGAGGACGUCAACGACCUAUGUAACCUUCCCAUCCUCAACGAGGACACUAUCCUGGCCAACCUGCACAGCCGUUUCCAGAAGAAGAAGAUCUACACGUAUGCCGGCAGCAUCCUCGUUGCCAUCAACCCUUUCAAGUUCCUUCCCAUCUACAAUCCCAAGUACGUCAAGAUGUACGAGAACCAUCAGCUGGGUAAACUGGAGCCCCACAUUUUCGCCAUCGCAGACGUCUCGUAUUACACUAUGCUGCGUAAGAGGAUCAACCAGUGCAUUGUUAUAUCCGGGGAGAGCGGCUCGGGCAAAACGCAAAGCACUAACUUCCUGAUCCACUGCCUGACUGCUCUGAGUCAAAAAGGAUACGCCAGCGGGGUGGAGAGGACCAUCCUGGGAGCGGGGCCUGUCCUGGAGGCAUUUGGCAACGCAAAGACCGCCCACAACAACAACUCCAGCCGCUUCGGGAAGUUCAUACAAGUCAACUACUUGGAGAGCGGCGUAGUCAGGGGGGCAGUGGUCGAGAAGUACCUGCUGGAGAAAUCCCGCUUGGUGUCCAGAGAAAAGAAUGAAAGAAACUACCAUGUGUUUUAUUACCUGCUCGUGGGAGCUUCUGAGGAGGAACGCAAGGAGUACAAGCUCCUGCAGCCAGAGAACUACAGCUACCUCAAGCAGCAAAACUUUACCAUAGAGGAUGCAGACGACCUUCGGCACGACUUUGAGCGCCUGCAGCAGGCCAUGGAGAUGGUGGGCUUCCUUCCUGCCACCAAGAAACAGAUAUUCUCGGUUUUAUCGGCCAUUUUGUACCUGGGCAACGUCACCUACAGCAAGAAAGCCACAGGCAGGGACGAGGGACUGGAGGUGGGACCACCUGAGGUGCUCACUAACCUCUCAGAACUUCUCAAGGUCAAAGAAGAGCUGCUAGUCGAGGCGCUAACAAAGAGGAAAACGGUUACCGUCAAUGAUAAGCUGAUCCUUCCCUACAGCCAUAGUGAGGCGAUCACAGCACGAGACUCCAUGGCUAAGUCUCUGUACAGUGCCCUGUUCGAUUGGAUUGUCCUGCGCAUCAAUCAUGCGCUGCUCAAUAAGAAGGACAUGGAGGAAUCUGUUCCGUGUUUGUCCAUAGGCGUUCUGGACAUCUUUGGCUUUGAGGACUUUGAGACCAACAGCUUCGAGCAGUUCUGCAUUAACUACGCUAAUGAACAGCUGCAAUAUUACUUUAACCAGCACAUCUUCACGCUGGAGCAGGAGGAGUAUCAGGCCGAGGGCAUCACGUGGCACAACAUCGACUACACUGAUAACGUGGGCUGCAUUCACCUCAUCAACAAGAAACCUACCGGACUCCUCUAUUUACUGGACGAGGAGAGCAAUUUUCCCCAUGCCACAGAUAUAACCUUGCUGGCCAAAUUUAAGCAGCAGCACGAGAGAAACCACUACUUUGUGCCCACGCCUGUGAUGGAGCCUGCCUUCGUCAUCCGCCAUUUUGCUGGGAAGGUCAAGUACCAGAUCAAGGAUUUCCGGGAGAAGAAUACGGACCACAUGCGGCCGGACAUCGUGGCCCUGUUGCGCAGCAGCGAUCGGGCCUACGUGCGCCAGCUGAUCGGGAUGGACCCGGUGGCCAUGUUCCGCUGGGGCAUCCUCCGUGCCGCCAUCCGUGCCCUUGCUGCCUUCAACGAAGCCGGACGCCUCUGGGCCGCCAAAACUUCUGGUGUGGUUAGACCAGUUUCAAGAGUUCCACUGGGAGAGCUGCAGAGGUCCAACACGCCCAUCGAAAGGAUGUAUCGCCAGGCUUCUAUGCUCGAUUUCUCUUUUGAUCUCUCAGAGGAGCGCCCCCUAGAGGCUUUUGAGGACAUCUUUGCUAGUUAUGAGAGUAAAAACGACAUGCAUGCCCAAAUUAUCAGCUCCAUUAAGGACUUGCAGUUGGAUGGCGAAGACCCACGUAAGCUGCUUCAGUCGUGGGGUCGCCUGCGCUUCCCACGCCACCUUCUUCAGAAGAACAAGAACACCAAGCACAAGCAGCUGAUUCCGAAGAACCUGCUGGACUCGCGCUCACUGAAGUUCAUUGUUGGCCUUCAUGACCGCACUACCAAGUCUCUGCUUCACCUGCACAAGAAGAAGAGGCCCCCGAGUAUCAGCGCUCAGUUCCAGACUUCUCUCAGUAAGCUGCUGGAAACUCUGGCGAAGGCUGAACCCUUCUUCAUCCGCUGUCUGCGCUCAAAUGCUGAAAAGAAGGAGAUGUGUUUUGACGAGGCACUGAUCCUACAACAGCUACGUUACACGGGCAUGCUUGAGACCGUGCGCAUCAGGAGGUCCGGAUACGGUGCCAAAUACACCUUCCAGGAGUUCCUUGAGCAGUUUCGCGUGUUGCUGCCAAAAGAUGCGUCUUCUCCAGAAGAAAUCUCGACUCUGCUGCAGAACCUCGACCUCGACCCAAAGACGUACCAGAUAGGCAAAACUAAGGUGUAUCUCAAAGAGCUGGAAAGGCAAAAGCUUCAUGAUACUCUCCACAAAGACGUCAUGCACAAAAUCGUUUUCCUGCAGCGCUGGUUCCGAGAUAAAUUACAGAGGAGGGAGUUCCUUCAGAUGAGACAGGCAGCCAUCGUUCUUCAGCGCUCGUGGCGUGACUGCCGCGAGAGACGUGGUCGAGCAGCAACUCUGAUUCAGGCAGCAUGGCGUGGAUUCAAACAGAGAGCGAAAUACCAGAACCGGCGAGCCUCUGUAACCAAAAUCCAGGCUCUGGUCCGAGGCCAGUCUGCUCGAAGAAGGUACUCUUCACUGAAGGAAGAGAAGAGGAGGAGAGAAGAGGAAGAAGCUCUACGGAGGAAAGAGGAGGAGGAAGAGGCAGCCAGGCGAGUCCAGGAGGAAGCAGAGGUGGCCCGAAAAAUCCAAGAGGCCGAGGAGGCAGCCAGACAAGAGAGAGAGGCAGCUGAGGCUACCAGGAGGGCACAAGAGGAAGCAAAGCGACUAAGAGAUGCGGAAGAGGCGGCUAGAAGACAGAAGGAGGCAAAGGAGGAGGCAGCGAAACUCUCUGAAGAGAACACAAAGAAGGAAAGCCCAGAGAUGCAACUUAAUAAUCAGGCUGUCAUAAAAAUGGACGGACAAAAGGAAAACCAGCAGACUGAGGCUGGUCCUCAGCAUGAAGCAGAGCUCCAGGAUAGUCAAAUAAAACAUGUGCACAAUAAGAGUUUGGUUGUUUUAGAGAAGCACAAUGAAGACAUGCGAGCUGUCCAAGAAGAUACCAAAGGCUCUAAUAUUGCAUUACCAGCCAGUGAUAACCCCACAAUUACUGUUACUGCCCUCCCUAAAACGUCCCCCAAACUUUCUGUGGAAGACGAUGUAAAAAGCACCACAACUGGCAGUUCAACGACUAACACCAUUCAUUCUGACCCAGGCCGGUCCAGAGGUCCGCCUAUGGGAAAGCUUCCUCCCUCCCGGAGUCAGGAAAAGAGGGAGCUGAGGAGGCAGCGUGGUUUAGAACACAGCCAGAGGGAGAGUGUGCGUGCAGCUGCAGCAAGCAAAGAUGAGAGCUGCAAAGAACUCGACCACUACACCUUUAUAUCCCAGAAGGUCGAGAAGCCUAAGAAAGAGACUGAAGAUAAAGAAGAGAAGGUAAAGAAAGAAGCUGUGACCAGUCCGAUCAGGCCCUUGACUUUACCCCUGGAAGUGCCAGUGUCUAACGAUCCCAAACGCGCUCCAAGGACCAAGGACGUGCCAAGUCAGGAAAAGAGCAACACCCAGCACGAGAACAUGUUAAAAGAGCCCAGACCCCAGCAGGAUCAGAGGACUAAGACCUUAAAGACCUCCCGGUCAUUAGAUGACGUAUCCGAGUUUAAGACCUCAGAAGUCCCUACAGGUUUUCAGCCCUUGCCUCGUGUUGUGGAGGGUCCACAUGGAGGAAGAGCGGGCAGUGGGAAAAGGUCACCGCAGGACGAAGGCCCUCACGCCCAUCCUCACACUCCCGAGAGGUCAACAGGCUUCUUCAGGAAGAUCCUGAAGAAACGUCCUCAUAAAGAGGCUCAAACUCCAGAAGACGGAGACCUGACGAUGGCAGCUGCUUUGAGUGAAAAAGAGAGCGCCCACUCCGUCGCAUCUUCACACACACAUCACUCAGAGCCUCCCAGUGGGCGUCCGAGUCGAAACCCCACUAUUAAGAUCAGCCGUGCCACGCGGGUCACAGAGCAUUGGAACGCCUCGCUGGACCGAGAGAUCACCAAUGCCAACGAGCUCCGGCAUCUCGAUGAGUUUCUGGGAAAUCAGGUGAAUGACCUGCGAUCGAGAGGAAAGCAGCUGUCGGCGACGGAACACAUCUUUAUCACAGCCACCAUGCAGUUCAGAGAGAACAUCAAAAGCAUGUACUCUCUCUCAAAGCCUCACAUUGGAUAUAAGAGUCUGAUGAGGGGCUACCAGAACAAGGUGAUCAGUUUAGCCGGUGAGCAGCAGAAGUGCGAGGUGCAGCUCGUUGUCAAUCUAUUCCAGUCUGUGCUGGAUGGGUUUAUCAGAGGAGAGAUCAAAAGGGAGGAGGCUGAACCGGUGAAGCCUCCAAAAGGUCGGAAAAAGAGGCGGAAAAAAGACAAGAAUACGGAGAGUCAACUGGACCAUGUGUUCAGUAACUUCCAGGUGAACAUAAUGCAGUCGUGUGACCAGUGCUCCUCCUACAUCUGGGUGAUGGAGAAAGCCUAUGUGUGCAGCUGUUGCAAGCUGGUUUGCCAUAAGAAGUGUCUGUCCAAAAUCGUUACAGAUUGUAAUACGUACUGCUCAAAAAAGAGUGAAGAGGACUCUGGUUCUCAGCACUUUGGCGUGCGUGUAUGCCGCCUGGUCGAUGAUAAGGUCCCGGUCCCCAUGGUUCUGGAGCUGAUGCUGGAACAUGUGGAGAUGAAUGGCCUCUAUACUGAGGGCAUCUACAGGAAGUCCGGCUCAGCCAACCGUAUGAAGGAGCUCCGGCAACUUCUGGAAGCUGAUCCCAAUAGUGUGUGUUUGGAGGACUACCCCAUCCACACUGUAACUGGUUUGGUGAAACAGUGGCUGAGGGAGCUCCCUGAACCCUUAAUGACGUUUAAUCACUAUAACGACUUUCUCCAUGCAGUAGAAUUACCUGAAAAGCCGGAACAGGUUCUGGCCAUCUACAGGGUUAUAGAGGAGCUCCCUACAGCCCACUACCAGACUCUAGAGAGACUCAUUUUCCACCUAGUCAGGGUGUCGAGGGAGGAGAAGAGUAACCGGAUGACCCCAAACUCCCUGGCCAUUGUUUUUGCCCCUUGCAUCCUGCGUGGCCCUGACAGUGCUGACCCACUCCUCAGCAUGAAAGAUGUCGCCAAGACAACCACGUGUGUAGAGAUGCUGAUUAACGAGCAGAUGAGGCGGUACAUAGAAAGGCUGGAGGAGAUUGAGCAGCUGGAGUAUGCUGAGACGCUGGCGAAGAACCAACUCAAGCUGAAGAGAAGCAACACUAGCUGGCCUUUACCUCUAAGGUUUACCUCUCCUUAUAAAGGAGUAGCGGUAAAGGAGAAACCUUCUGACCUGCGUGUUGUUCCUGAGAAUGAACCACUUGACUCAGAUACAGAGGCUGAGAGGAACUUGAUGGAGCGAAUCAAGUCCAUCAAACAGGAAAAAGAGGAACUGGUCUGCAGGCUGCCAGAUAUGGAGCAGCCGGGUUCGGAUCAGGAGAAUCUGGACUCCGAGGCCUCGGCUAGCUCAGAGAGUCUGUUAGAUGACCGGACCCCCUGUUUGGACAUGGAAGGUAGAAUGACCGCUGUACUGCAAACCCGUAAACCUAAACCUUCUAGCUCCUCCUCGUUACCCCAAUUGACUUCAUCAGGAAGUCAGAACUUCUCCUGUCCCUCCUCUCCUGUAGCCACUUCCUACAGAAACCAGCUCCAGCGGCGUUAUCCCAUCAUCCCCUGCACGCUGCGCCUGCCCCCUGGCGUCUUCACGCUUGUACAGAGACGGCCGAGACCCGGACGCCGCAAAGACAGCAUCCAGUCGCUCUUCAUCGGCUCUGGGACUGAAUUAGAUGCCUUGUCCUCUGCUUCGUCUUCCUCCUCUAUCCCACAGAACCUCCUGGUCUCCUCCAGACGCUUCUCAGACCCUGACAUUGCUCAUAUCCAGGACAGUGUUUGAUUUACGCCUUUCGUAACGGUUCAGCCAGGACGACUGAUCCUGCUCGCCAAGCACUUUCCCCCCCCUCAUUAUUAUUAAUAUAGAAUUUUUAAUAGACUUUUUUUAGUGCAGAUUUGUGGUGCAGCCUCAUGGGGGCUAUCAUAAACCUAAACUCUAUGCUAUAUAUAAAUAAUUUUUUUUUUAUUUUAUGGACAAAGAGCAUGAUGUUGCACCUUUCUACUUCUCUUUUUUUUGUUUGUUUUUGUUUUUUUAAAACAGUUUUUCAUUGUGCCUUUGGUUUCUUGUCAGUGUAUAAAUUCAUGUUUGUACUGUUUCUCCUGAGGGCAAUUUUUUGGAAAUGACCUCACACUUUAAACACUUAAAAAUAAUAAUAAUAAUAAAAUACAAAACCCAGACACUUUCACACCCAUUUUCCUCCAACACAUUGCUGGUGCAGAUUCUGAGGACCAACAAAUUUUUUUUGUUUGUUUUUUUUUUUUUUUUUUUUAAAUAUAUAAGGAAGCUUUUAGCAGUCAAAAGUUUUAGCAGAUUUCUUCAUUUUCUUUUUUGGCUGAGAGUGUUUUACCAUUCAGAGUUAAUUAUUAAUAAAAUAUACACAGCACACAGAGAGAGAAAGCAGUAUGUAUGUACAUGUCCGGAUUACUUUUAGCUAUUUAUUCUCCGUGUACAGUUGCGCAGUUUAGUGGACUUCUUAGAUAAACAAUUGAUCCUGAUCCUAACAGGGUCGCUGAUUUUAAUGGUAUGUAAAUAACUUCAUGACCGUUCUCUUGCUUCCAGAUCAAUUCUUUGUCUUGUUAUGCUGGAAACGGUUCAACAUUAAAUCACCACGCACCAUGUUGGUGGAAAAGCUCUUUUUGUGGACUGUGGUCUUCAAUCUCUUUGGGAUCAUUUUAAUCCUACAGUGGAGCAAGAAACAGCAUGAGCCACUUUCCGUCUGAUGGAGAGACCCAGACAAAGCAACAUGAAACAUUGUGUACUUGCAUCAGCUUUUUUCAGACAAUUAACCAAUACCUGGAUCUUGUAGUAAAACAAUAGGACGCUGCGCUCGAGGUCCGUGGGAACGUCUGAGAAGAACUAUGUGUAUUGUGUUUACUAAUAAUGUUACGUGUUUAACCUGCUGGUGUGUUUUGUGCCAUGUGGAAGUGUAGCUAAUGAGAAACAUUGGAUGAUGAUGAUGAGUAUGAUGAUGAUUUAUGAUGAUUACAGUUCAAAAGUCAUGCUUGCUUUGUUUUUGGUGUAUUUGUACUCUUAAGUGGCGAAUGUUUCUGUACUGCAUCUAGAGGACCGAUUGAACGAAUUAUUUUCUUACAAUACACUUUGUACUUGGCUGCA